UGAGCCCAGGACUCCUUGUUGCUUAGAGCUUCAGAACAGGGAACCCUGCACCAUGGCCUCCCGUGCAGCACCAGUCCGGCAGACAUGCUGUUGCUUCAAUGUCCGAGUCGCCACCACCGCCCUGGCCGUCUACCAUAUAGUCAUGAGUGUCUUGCUGUUCAUCGAGCACGUGGUGGAGGUGGCCCGUGGUAAGGUCUCCUGCAGGUUCUCCAAGAUGCCAUAUCUCAGGAUCGCCGACCUGCUCUCCAGCUUCCUGCUCAUUGGAGUGCUCUUCGCCAUCAGCAUCAGCCUGCUGUACGGAGUGGUCAAGAACCGGGAGAAGUACCUGAUGCCCUUCCUGUCCCUUCAAAUCAUGGACUUCCUGCUGUGCCUGCUCACGCUGCUGGGCUCCUACAUCGAGUUGCCAGCCUACCUGAAGAUUGCCACCCGGCCCCGGCCCGGCUCCUCUAAGGUCCCCCUGAUGACACUGCAGCUGCUCGACUUCUGCCUGAGUAUCCUGACCCUGUGCAGCACCUACAUGGAAGUGCCCACCUACCUUAACUUCAAGUCCAUGAACCACAUGAAUUAUCUCCCGAGCCAAGAAGGCAUGCCUCACAGCCAGUUCGUCAACAUGAUGAUCAUCUUCUCAGUCGCUUUUAUCACUGUGCUCAUCCUGAAGGUCUACAUGUUCAAGUGUGUGUUGAGAUGCUACAGAUUAAUAAAGUACACAAAUUUGGCCACAGAGAACAGCAGCUCCAAGAUGUUCCUCAAGGUGGCUCUGCCGUCCUAUGAGGAAGCCUUGUCUCUACCCACUAAGAAUUUAGAGGGGGACCCUGCUCCACCCCCAUACUCAGAAGUGUGAGCCCACCAGGCCUCAGCGCUUGGGCUGGGAGGGGUGGGACCUCCUCCUCCUGCUUCUUCUUUACUUUGGUGGCUGCUGUGACCUCCUACAGGACAAUCUGCUUGUGUAUCCCCUUACUGUCCUCUCCUCCUGGAGACCCCUCACUCAUGACUGAGUCACCCCUGGCCUUAAAGACCCUUGGAGUCUCAGAAUACUCAGCCUAGCAGCUCAACUUGUCCCCAGUAGCAAAGACACUUGUUCAGAGCACAGUCAUGGCAAAUUUGGUAGAGUGAGUUUGGUUACAAGCAACCAGCUUGAUGUGCUUAGCCAGGCAGCCAGCACUACAGAGGCAACAAGAAAGGAAUUUAGCCAACCAAUAGUUCUGGGUGUUCGUUUAUAUGAAACUCUCAGGUUACAGGGCAGUUCAUGAUCGUGGUUACCCAUUUGCCAACUCUGUAUCCUCAGAGUAUACAUAUAAAACAAUUGCUUCAAACAGAUUGCUCAAGCAAAUAGCAAUUCAGCCAACUGUUGUUACUAGGAUUUAUGAUAAAAUCCCAUAAAAAAAAAAAACAAAAACAAAAACAAAACAAAAACCGCAGUGUCAAACAAAGGAAAAGUAAAGGAAGUGGAGUUCCUUCCUAUCCUCACUUCAAUGCACCCGGUGGGUACCUAGCCUCUCUCUGCUUGCCUUCUGCUAGUAGCUAGAGGCUGGGGAAUCCAACACACAUUCCUGCAGCUGCCCUGUCCAUUCUGCUCGGCAUGGAAUAUAAUGAUGGCUUCUGUUUUAAACAGUCCCUUCCUACCAGCCACUGCUCUGAUGGCAAGCUGUCCUCACCUUCAGACAAGUGCUGGCUCUGUGUUCCCCAUGGCCACAUAGUAGUGAGGUCCUUGCAAGGGUCACCUUAGCCACAGACAGAUUUAGGGUCUGGUUGUCAUGCCAUCCCAACAGCCAGGUUGGUUCGGCCUGUUCUGACAAAGGGUAUGUAUGCUCAGAUGAUGACAGGCUUGGAGUCAGAUGCUCUGUGGGUAGCUGUCUGUCUGCAUGGCUGCCCAAUUGGUACAGGCUAGCCCAUGGGAGGGGGGUGAAGAACCAUCCAGAGGCUUGUCUCCCAUGGUGGCAGCAGAGAGGGUCGGUCCAUACCUUUCUGCUGGCUUUCCCAUCGCUAGGGGUUGUGCUGAGGAUUAAUCCUAUGGCUAGGGAUCUGCACCUUGCCUGUGGUGUGGACGGGGUUGCAGGGUCGAGAGAGGGUCCCAUUGCACCUGUGUCAUUGCUUGUGUGUGUGACUUGGAAUAGGGGGCCAAUAAAGCAGCUGCAAGCUCUG